CAUCUUCCUCCUUAAUCGUCUUUGCCUUUUCCUGUUAUUGCAGACGAAUUAAAAAUUGUGCCGAGGUAGAUGGUCGGCUCAGAGUCAAGUAUCUCGUCUUGUAAGAAAUAUCCACCUUGGGUUAUUUGAAAUUCUUGGGUAUACCUCUGGCUCUGUUUAAGCUUGCAUCUGGAGUUCAAAUUCCUGGAUGGUAGCAGUUCUCUUCGGGAUAGCUGCUUUAACACUUGUUCAAGAUGGUGUUUGGAGUGUCUUAACGAGUUGAAUUCGAAACGACUGAAUACAGAUGGUUCAUGAUUCGAAGAGACUAUUCAACUGGGUCUGGCCUCGGUGAUUAGUUCUUGGUUUUUGCCACAGUGAGGAAAUUAAAAUCUUAAAGGAGUACUAAGAAGACGAAUUCAUCAUCGUCAUCAUCAAAAGCCAAAAAAGCCCCAGAAGUAUCAGGUGCAUGGCCAAUCAUAGGUCAUCAACUUCUACUGAUGAGCAAAACCGAAAGCCCAUACAUGACUCUAGGAGCCAUGGCUGACAAAUACGGACCGGCAUUCACCAUUCGUUCCGGCUGCCAUGAAAUCCUAGUCCUCAGUAGUUGGGAGAUGAUAAAAGAUUGUUUCACUACCAACGACGCAUUGUUUUCAAACCGUCCAGCUCCGUUGAAUGUUAAACACUUGUUUAACUACGAAGAAUCGCUGGGGUUCGCACCUUAUGGGCCGCUCUGGAAAGAACUGCGAAAGAUAUCCGCGCAACAACUCCUCUCUAAUCAGCAACUAAGGCUGUGGAAACACUUGAAGUAUAAAGAAAUCGAUGCUUCGUUUAAUGAUCUCAAUGAGUUAUGCGACAAAAAUGGUGGUACUGCUCAAGUUAGGAUGGACUACUGGUUCGCGUUCAUGACGUACAACAUCUCUGCUGCAGUCGUCGCCGGGUGCGAAAGCCAAGAUCCGAAAAGUUCUGUAGUUCGGGAACUAUACAAGAAGGCAAUGGAGAAGGCAUUGAAUCUUACAGCGGUAUUUUCAAUUUCAGAUGUAGUUCCAUGCCUCGAGUGGGUUGAUCGACUGAGAGGUCUUGUAAGGGAUAUGCAGUCUUGCAGAGAUGAAUUGAACUCUAUUGCUGAGGGUUUUAUUGAAGAGCGUCGUCAAAAGAGACGCUUGAGGUCGUCGUCCUUAUCAUCAGGACAUAAGGAAGGUGAUGGUGACCAAAAUUUCAUCGACGUUCUUUUGACAUUUGGGGAAAAAUCCCAACUUCCUGGAGAAAACCAUGAACUAGUCAUCCAAUCCAUGAUCCUGGACAUGUUAUCUGGCAGUAGUGACACAACAUACGUGACCCUUACUUGGCUUCUUGGCCUGUUGUUGAACAAUCCGCACGUAAUGGAACGCGCAAGAGAAGAACUGGAUAUGCACGUCGGAAAAAAUAAACAAGUGGAAGAAUCCGACAUUCCUCAGCUCGUGUACAUACAAGCAAUCAUCAAAGAAUCGAUGCGAUUGUAUCCAGCUGCAGCGCUGCUGCCGAGGAUGACAAUGGAGGCCUGUGUAGUUGGUGGGUUUCAAGUUCCAGCCGGUGGUCAUUUGUAUCUAAACAUAUGGAAGAUCCAAAGAGAUCCAACUGUGUGGGAGAACCCAUCGGAAUACCGGCCGGAGAGAUUUUUAGCGGAAGAGAAAGCAGAUGUGGAUGUAAAAGGUCAGAACUAUGAGUUGAUACCGUUUGGAGUGGGUCGGAGGAUGUGUCCAGGAGUAACUUCAGCGUUGCAAGUGAUGCAUUUGGUGGUGGCUCGUCUUAUUCACGGGUUUGAAAUGAGGGCAGCAACACCAGAUGGGAAGGCGGAUAUGACAGAAACAGUAGGAAUGGUUACAUUUAACAAGAACCCUCUUGAAGUAAUAAUGACCAAACGCUUUUAAUUAGUCAUAUUGCUCACUGCUCCACCAUUCUCGUUUUUGCACCCACAUUGACGGCCAAAAUUCUCUUUGGCGAUGUCUAGGUAGUUGCAAGUUUUGGUUGUCCUGCGGUUAUGUUCGUAAUCCACUGUAUGGAGAUUUUACGGUUCUAUUCCUAUGUACUCUGUAUUAACUGUUCAAUAAAAUGUUAAGCUUGGGACGGUCGUUUCCUUGAAAUGUUGGCAUA